AUGGACGAGAUGGAGGAAGAGCUCAAGUGCCCCGUGUGCGGCUCCUUCUUCCGCGAGCCUAUCAUCCUGCCCUGCUCGCACAACAUUUGCCUGGCGUGCGCUCGCAACAUUUUAGUGCAGACGCCCGACACCGAGUCCCCGCCUAGUAGCCGAGCCUCCGGGUCCGACUACGACUACCUGGACCUGGAUAAGAUGAGCCUAUACAGCGAAGCGGACAGCGGUUACGGCUCGUACGGGGGUUUCGUCAGCCUGCCCACCACGCCGUGCCAAAAGUCCCCCAACGGUGUGCGGGUGUUCCCCCCAGGUCCGGCGCCGGCAGCCCCUCCGCAGCCCAAGCACCACCACCAGCAGCAGCAGCAGCAGCAGCAGCCCUCGUCGCAAGCCGGCUGCCUGGCGCCCAUCCCCCGUAACUCGUGCAUUACGUGCCCGCAGUGCCACCGCAGCCUAGUGUUGGACGAGCGGGGUCUCCGCGGCUUCCCCCGGAACAGGGUGCUGGAGGGCGUCGUGGAACGCUACCGCCAGGGCCGGGCGGCCGCCCUUAAGUGUCAACUGUGCGAAAGGAGCCCCCGGGAGGCCACCGUCAUGUGCGAGCAGUGCGACGUCUCAUACUGCGAGCCGUGCCGGAUGCGAUGCCACCCGCCCCGCGGCCCUCUGGCCAAGCACCGGCUGCUACCGCCAGCCCAGGGCCGGGUAGGUCCCGGGCGCCGCGCCGCCCCGCGCAAAACCUCUACCUGCACGGAACACGAACUGGAAAACCUCAGCAUGUACUGCGUGCAGUGCAAAACACCCGUGUGCUACCAGUGCCUGGAGGAGGGCAAGCACGGUACGCACGAAGUCAAGGCGCUUGGGGCCAUGUGGAAGCUGCACAAGGGUCAGCUGUCUCAGGCACUCAACGGGCUGUCGGAGCGAGCUGGUGAAGCCAAAGAGUUUUUGGUGCAGCUCAGAAACACCGUGCAGCACAUUCAGGAGAAUGGCGUGGAGUUCGAAGCGUGUCUGGUGGCGCAGUGCGACGCCCUCAUCGACGCGCUGAACCGACGCAAAGCUCAGCUACUGGCUUGCAUCAACAAGGAGCACGAACACAAGCUCAAGGUUGUCCGUGACCAGAUCUCUCAUUGCACGGUGAAGUUGCGGCAAACAACGGGUCUGAUGGAGUACUGCCUGGAGGUGAUCAAAGAGAAUGACCCGAGCGGCUUCCUCCAGAUCUCGGACGCGUUGAUCCGGAGGGUGCUGAUGACUGAAAGCCAGUGGGGCAAAGGGACAUUGACGGCAAGGACGACCAGCGACUUUGACCUGACGCUGGAUAGCGCACCGCUCCUGCAAACCAUCCACCAGUUGGACUUUGUGCAGAUGAAAGUGCCUUCAGCUCCAAUGCUGCAGCUUGAAGAAUGCUGCACAGAAAACAACAGCGCCACGUUGUCAUGGAAACAGCCACCGCUCUCCACAAUCGCCGCCGAUGGAUACAUCUUGGAGCUGGACGACGGCGAGGGCGGACACUUCAGGGAAGUGUACGUGGGGACGGAGACCAUCUGCACGGUGGAUGGCCUGCACUAUAACUGUACGUACAAAUCCAGGGUGAAGGCCUUCAACGCCAGCGGGGUGGGACAGUACAGCAAGACCCUCGUCAUGCAGACUUCCCAGGCUGGACUCCCUCCGUGUGAUAUGCAAUCCGUGGGCGCAGUGGCCUGGUUCACCUUCGACACAGCGUCAGCGCAUCCAGACAUCAUCUUGUCCAACGACAACCUGACAGUGACCUGCAACAGCUACGAUGACCGCGUGGCCCUGGGUGGUGCCGCUUUCUCGCGCGGCCUCCACUAUUGGGAGAUGACGCUGGACCGCUACGACAACCACCCCGACCCCGCCUUUGGGGUGGCGCGUGCCGACGUCUUGAAAGACGUCAUGCUGGGCAAGGACGACAAGGCCUGGGCCGUGUAUGUGGACAACAACCGUUCCUGGUUCAUGCACAACAACUCGCACACCAACAGGACGGACGGCGGCAUUGGCAAAGGCUCCACUGUCGGUGUGCUGCUGGACUUGACGCGCGGGAUCCUCAUCUUCCUCAUCAACGACGAGCAGCAGGGCCCUGUGGCUUUCGAGGGUCUGGAAGGCACUUUCUAUCCCGCUGUCAGCCUCAAUCGCAAUGUGCAGGUGACGCUGCACACAGGCUUGCCCAUCCCGGAUUUCUACACUCCAGGAGAGGUGGAUCCGGCAGCUCACAUGUGCUAA